CGCAGGCGAACCUUGGAACAUAAACAACAGCAGCAGUCGCAACAGGAGUAUCUACAUCUAAGAGGCGCUAGACAGAAGUGUGACAUUAUGACGACAAACACACUUGUCCCCAGCAGGAUGAAUGUGACAGAGGUUGAAGAGUUCCUGAAAAAACCUCCAGCCGGUUUCUCCGUAGAGGCUCUCGGCUCUGGUGGUUUCCGAGUUCACAGCGACCCGGAGGAGAGCAUGGUGCUCAUCGAUGAGUUCGACUCCUGCAGAGGGAAAAUAGUUUUCCAGCAGUCGCUGGGAAGGAAAGUUAAAAUGCAGAAUCUAUGGGAGUACACCAGCAUGAGAAAGAGUCUACUGUCUAAGAGGAUCUAUCUGCUCGUGUCAGCCUACGAGGAAAACUCAUCAGAGACCAACAAAAAGCCAAACAAUGAAGCCAGAAUGCUGCAACAGUACGUGGUGUCCAUCUAUGGCAAUGAUCCUUACAUCAGGUGGCAGUUGGAGCGAGGCCUGGACUGGACCAUAUCCUCCGUGGCUGGGGAAAGCUACAGGGUGGAUAUUGACUUGACUGAUGUUCUCGAGAGCUGGGGAGCUAAAAACCUCCACAUCAUCCCUGACAAGCCGCUUAAAGUAAAGCCUGUGUGGAGAGACGCCUGCUUCACCCUCAAGUACUACUCUGAUGCCCUCUUCGACUUCUCGCGCUGGUUCGGCUUCAGCGAAAGAGAAUUUAGCGUAUGUUUAUAUUCUGCUCAUUGAAUAGCCUAUUAAUUGUUAGACGUUUUGUCCACAUGCAUGUCUAACUUUCUACUUCUGCUCUUUUUUUUUGUUUUGCUUCCAUUUAAAGUUGACACUGUCAUGAGCCAGCUGUGGAUGAAGACAAGGGUGUCAAAGUGAAGUUGCCGUGGUUUUUCUUUACCGGAGCCCGGCUCUGCUUCCUCAAGAAAGUUGAGGGAUGUUUGUGAUGGCAGCCUGCCAGGCAAGAGCAGCUUUGGACUGAAGGAACUACUUUAUUUAGUCCAGAUUGCUUUUUCUUCAGUGGAUGAAGAUCACUGAUAAGAACCGACGAGGGAAUCUCGAAUGCCCUGAACAUUUAAGGCCUAUUGUGUGCCAAAAUGUAUUUUUAAAGCUGUUCAUAAAUAUGCACUGCACUUAUUUUUUUUACAGAUGAUGUGUGAGAGUUGAAGGGUUUACUUCUGUGCUACUUCAAAUACAGAUGUUUUGUACUAAAUAAUCAGACUUUGUUGUUGAGGUUUAUUUUUUAUUUUUUUUUACCAAACUCAAUUACAAUAAAAGCUGUUUUACAAAAUGAAA